AUGUCCAAGGUGCCCCCGCCUCCAUUCCUUUAUAUACCGUCCGUCUUGGGGUUACUCUCUUCUUACCUAGGCAGUGAACCGGACAAUAUCCGUCGUCCGCAAAAGGCAGAACAACGGCUCGGCUCCAAGACAGACCUCGGCAUUGUCCGAUUCAGCUUCAGCCAAAGGAGUGGGGAAGCUGAAUUGGGCGUAUCAUUUGCUCACAACAGAAUCGCUACAGUCCGGAUGAAUCAAUUCAAAAACAAAAUAUCGAUCAAUGCCCGUGAGUUUACCCCAUGCACACGGGUCGCCGCCCUCCUUGUUGGACUUGAUGAUGUACCAGGAGAAAUGCAAUUGCCGAUGGCUCCGUUAUUUCAGUCGGUACAGGUGAACUGUUUUUACAGCGUGGUUUUCCGCUCUGUUCGUGUUCUUCGGACGCCAACGACGGAGUUGGGCGUCAGUCGUGCGUUUGAUACGGGCGAUAUUCAGGUGGAGGGGGAGAUCUUGCUUAUCUGGGAUUACAUUCGGACAGCAACUGCUCUCAACUCCAACGCUGUCGUCGAGCACUAUUACCGCGGUGGUGAUUUUAUAUCUCAGUCACAGGGAUUGUUCAAGCAACCAGACGAAUCCAUCGAAAAGGCUUCGGAACAUAAGUUAGAAACCAUGUUCUCAAGCCUGGAGCUCAAAUCUGGGACGAGAUUGCUUGAGUUUGACGGCGAAUGGGGCGGCGUGACGCAGUUCUGUGGUGCUCGAGGCGUGCAUGUCAUAACGCUCAACCCUCUCCGCAGGGUUCAGCUCGCUAUAUCCAGCAUCUCAUUGACGACAAUGAUCUGCCCGGUGAGGUUUUGCUACAAGAUUUUCUCGACCACCGUCCUAAAGAACCAUAUGACCCUGCGCAUGUACGGCGUAGUAGAGCACCUCCCCGACUACCGCAGGGUAGCACGCAUUGUUUAG